GUCUUUCUUUAGGUUAUCACCGAUUGAGAUCCCGUCCUUCACUAUAUAUAUAUAUAUACACUGCCCUCCUUUGAACCUCAUCACGAGAGCAGGGAAACCAUGUCUGCCACCGCGUCUUUCGUCACCCUCCCAUCUCUCGCCCCUAAAACCCUAUUCCCCUACAAUUCCAAACCCACUUCGCUCUCUCUGUUCUCUCUCUCCCCUUCUCCUCUCAGCCUUUAUUGCAAGCCCAUUUCCGUUUCCGCUUCGUUUCUUCACUCUUCGCCGCCCCCCCGGUUUGUCUCGAACGUCGCCAUUUCUUCCGAGUUCGACCAAGAGGAGGAGGUCUUGAGCGAUGGCGACGAGGUUCGCUUUUCCCCUGACCCCAAACUCUUCGUCGGUAAUCUUCCUUUCAGUGUUGACAGUGCUCAGCUCGCUGGCUUGUUCGAACGCGCUGGAAAUGUUGAAAUGGUCGAGGUGAUUUAUGACAAGACGACUGGAAGAAGCAGAGGAUUUGGAUUUGUAACCAUGUCUACAGUUGAGGAAGUUGACGCUGCUGCUCAACAGUUCAAUGGCUAUGAACUCGAGGGAAGGGCACUGAGGGUGAAUUCUGGGCCUCCUCCACCUAGGAGGGAGGAUUCCUCCUUUAGAAGCAAUGGAGGUGGGCCAGGUUUUGGUGCUGGCCACCGUGUUCAUGUGGGUAACCUUGCUUGGGAUGUUGAUGAUUUGGCACUUGAGAGUUUGUUUACCGAGCAAGGAAAGGUUGUUGAAGCAAGGGUGGUUUAUGAUAGGGAGAGUGGCAGAUCAAGAGGCUUUGGUUUUGUAACCUACAGCUCUGCGAUAGGUGCCAACAAUGCUAUUGAAUCCUUGAAUGGUGUUGACUUGAAUGGCAGAGCCCUACGCGUCAGUGCAGCAGAAGCUAGGCCAAGACGUCAAUUUUGAUUUUUGAAUGUUUUGUGUUGUCAACCAACAAAAGGCAUCGUACUGUCUCAUCAGAUUUUGGCUAC